AUGAAGUCUGACCUCGGAUCCUCUCCUCAGCCUCCUUCCCCAGCGGCGUCUGGCGAGCCCGGAUUCGAUUUAACUUCGAUACGGCUGGAGUUGGAGGGGAUCGCCAACCCUGACCUCGAGUUGAGCUCGGAGGGUUCAGUCAUUAUCCGCGCUGGACCGCGCAGCUCGACCCCAUCGGCCCUUCCCGUAACCCCUAGCUCCGAUCGGAUCAGCCGGGAGCCCUCGACGCCUGUUGGACGUGUGUCCCUGAACUUGGAGAUACGGUCGCCAACUCGGCGAGGCGUCGUCGCAGUCGCUCGUUCCGAUGAAGAAACCCGUACUUCGACGAUCGGUCGUCCAGUUCCUCCGGCCGCCUCUCGUGAUUCUGAGUACCCUUCAGCCGAAGGCCCGUCCCCAUCCGCGGUCCUUUUUGUCCCUCCGGUGGUCCGUCCUCCCGAGAACGGCAGAACGGGAGACAAAUGCUACGUCGUCUUUCGGGGACUGCAGACCGGCGUUUACCGUCAUUGGGGCUCUGCGGCGCGGAUGGUCAAAAAUCCGAGAGGCGACACCUAUCCCGGGGCCUUGUGGCGCUUGCGAUAUGACCUGGCUGCGGCGCAGAGAGAACUGGAGGAUGCGCGCGCGUCGGGCUCGUCUUAUGUUCUGACUCCGCCCUGA